AUGGACGUUGUAGUAUUUUCACAGAGGCUACAAAGGCUAUUAGCAGGAGAUGAAGGUUUUUUGCCGGAAGAAGUUAAAGAAGUGCUUCGGAAGAUUCAAACUGAUUUUGAACGCAUGACUUCCUUCUUAACGGAACAUCAACACAACCUUAUUGGUAAUUUCCUUUUUACGUAUAAUUCAAAUCCACAAAUCUGGGAUGUCAAAAUGCAACUGAUCGACUAUUCUCAUGAAUCUGAUACGGCCAUUGACAUAAUCUUGCUCAACAUCAUGCAACACAAGAGCCACAUCUAUGGAAUUGAAUUACUGAGGUGUCUCAUGCACGAAGGUGAAGAGAUUGCAUCAAAGCUACCUCAAGUCAACUAUUCUUCUCCUUCAUCACACAGAGGAGUGAAGGUGCAGAGGGGGGAAAGGACGCUCAUCAACAACAAACCCCGAUUGGUGGGUCGUGAAGUAGAGACGAAGAAUUUGUUAGAUCUUUUGAUUGAGGGGGACCCUUCACUUUCCUCAAUUUCAAUUAUUAGUGGAGUUGGUGCUGACGGGAAGACUGCACUCGCUGCGGAAGUUUACAACAGCAAUUACGUAAAGAACUACUUUGACUGCCGGGCUUGGAUUGAGGUAUCUUUUAACUACAAUAUCCUCAAGAUAUUGGACGACAUUUUGAAGUCUGUGAUGCCUUCUUCAUUAUGGAGUGAUCUUAUAGAUAAAGAUUGUGAGUUAAAGAGAAAUGCUCUUCGUGAUUUCCUGACAAACAAAAGAUACUUGAUUGUGUUGGACGAUCUCUGGACAUAUAAUUCUCGGAAUGAUUUCAUCCAGACUCUUCCUGAUGAUCAUAAAGGAAGUAGAGUACUUAUAACGACCAAAAUUCCUGAAGUUGGUGAUAACUGGGACGCCCGUCAUCUUGAAAUAUGGACACUCUCUCAAGAAGACACUUGGGAGAUGUUACUUGAUAGGGUUUUUAUCAAAGAGGUCAGUCGGCUUGAGCUACAGCCUCUGAUAGAAACAUUGGGAAAAUUUUGUAGAGGGUGGCCUCUAGCCAUCUUAUGCAUUUCAGGUUUGUUGUCAGAGAUGGAUAUUCAAGAUCUUUUCUUGAAGCUGGCUCUUCACUGUGAUGAAGCAAAAAAAUUAAAAUUGCCAUCACCCUGUUGGAUUCCGUCUUACUCUUACCUGAAUCUACCUUUGAACUUGAGACCCUGUUUUCUUUAUUUUGCUGUCUUUCCUGAAGGCUUUGAGAUAUUCACAUGGCACUUGUAUCAGCUUUGGAUUGCUGAAGGUUUCAUUCAUGAUAACAGUGAGGCAACUGCUGAGGAGUACUUGAAACACCUAGUACAUGCGGGCUUUGUGCAAGUAAAUAAGAGAACAUCUGGAGGUAGAAUUAAAACAUGCAACAUUCAUGGUUAUAUCCGGGAUGUUUUAUUUAUCAUGGCUGAGAUGGAGAAGUUUAUCCAGGUUCAUCUUAAAAUUGAAAAUAAGCCGCCACUUAAAAUAUACAAACGGCUCUCUAUUCAUUUUGAUGACAGCAGAUUUGUUCCGCCAGAGUACUCUGCCCCAUAUCUCUCUUCUCUGUUGUGUCUUGGCUCGAAAAGCGACAAUCUGGCCGAGAUAGAUUGCAUUUACAUUUCUGAAAACUUCAAACUCCUCAAGGUAUUAGAUUUGGGAACUCUGGUUCUAAACCAUUAUCCCACUGGAAUACAAGCUUUAUUUCUUCUGAGGUACUUAAAGUUGAAUAUUCCUUCCCUUACCAGAAUUCCUUCACAGUUAUGCAACAAUCUUCUCAACCUGUGCACUUUGGUCAUGCCAUAUACCUUCAUAGAUAAUACAACAGAUGAUAUUUGGAAGAUGCACAAACUGAGGCAUCUGAAUUUCGGGCUCAUCAAAUUGCCUGCACAUCCUUGGAAAUAUUGUAACUCUCUGAAAAAUCUCAAUUUCAUAUCAACCUUACACCCCAGUAGUUGUACUCAAGAUAUACCAAGCAGACUGCCUAAUCUUCGAAGUCUUCAAAUUUAUGGAAACUUGAAUUCAUAUCAAUCUAUGCUGUUCAAAAGCCUCCGUGAACCAGUCAACCUUGAAUCAUUGAAGCUGGUGAAUAAAAGAGAGAUCUCAAAGCCCUCACCAAUUAUCCUGAGCAAGUAUCAGUUUCCUCCACGACUAACCCAACUGAGCUUGUCAAAUACUGAACUGAAGGAUGAUCCCAUGCCAACAUUGGAGAAACUACAGCAUCUUAAAAUCCUCAAGCUGAAGCACAAUCCUUAUUCUGGUAGAAAGCUGACUUGCACCUCUGGUGGUUUCCCAAAGCUCGAGGUUUUGCAUCUGAAAUCAAUGCUGUGGCUAGAAGAGUGGACAAUGGAAGCAGAAGCCAUGCCAAACCUCAAAUGUUUGGUUUUCAAUCCUUGUGCUUUCUUGAGAAAGCUUCCUGAAGAGCUAUGGCGCAUUAAGACUCUCAAUAAAUUGGAACUAUGGUGGCCACGACCGGAGCUAAAGCAAAGAAUAAACGAUUUUGAGGAUGUGGAGAGAUACCACAUUCAAAUAUACCCAUAUGGACUCUGA